UGCUGAUCCACUGAUCUCUAUAUCAUUAGGAUGGGCUUAUAGUAGACACAAUGCGCGUCCAUUUACGCGAAUCCACGCAAUGCUUGCUCUGAGUCUACCGUAAUUUCUUGAUGCCCGUGAACAGCACGAUUUUGCUUGUCACUGUUCAUGAAGGGGGUUCGGGGUUUUCGGCGCCACGCUUCGAGACAGGAGCGAACAACAGAAUGCCAGUCCCGGAGCAUCCAGGAAGACGUCGGCAGCCAAUGCCCUCCGCUUUGAGUUUAGGGACUACCUUUGCAGCGCGAUGACCGUUUUACAGCUGUGACACUGAAGGCGCACCAGCGCUCAAACCCCGCGCACGGACUCGUCUGGAUUGCGCACGCUGCUGCAGGCUGUGGGUGUGUGCGAGGCACAUCUUCGACUAGAUUUAUCUUUAGAGACUACAGAAGCGAAGCCCGGAGCCUUUGUAGCGGCAGGCUAUAGUACAGAGUGCAAGAUGAAGAUGGAAGGUGUCGGAUCCUACGGAGCUGGCAGAGCUGGCGGUGAUUUCGAUCCAGUCGCCUUCGUUAAACAGCCCCAGACCAUCCUAAGAAUACUUGCAUGGGUAUUCUCCAUGGUUGUGUUUGGUUCCAUAGUGAACGAAGGCUACGUCAACAGCGGGAGCGAAAGGCUGCACUGCAUUUUUAACAAGAACAACGAUGCCUGCAACUACGGGAUCACCAUCGGGGUCAUUGCCUUUCUCGCCAGCAUGUUCUUCUUCGUCCUGGACAUUUACUUCCCGCAGAUCAGCAGUGUGAAAGACAGGAAGAAAGCUGUGCUGGUUGAAAUGGGAUUCUCUGGUUUCUGGACAUUCCUGUGGUUUGUUGGAUUCUGCUUCCUGGCCAAUCAGUGGUCGCGGACCUCCCCCAACGAGCUGCCCUUAACCCAGGGAGCGGAUGCCGCUCGGGCUGCCAUUGCCUUCUCAUUCUUCUCUAUCAUCACCUGGGCUGGCCUCACUGUGAGGGCUGUGCAGAAGUUCCUGCUGGGGACAGACAUGACCCUCUUCUCCACGGACCACCUGGACGGCAAACCCAACAUGCAGCCCUUCCCCCCCAGCACCAGCCUGGACACCACCGACACCUACCAGAGCCCGCCGUUCACCGAGAACCUCCAGACCAGCCCCAAGGGCUACCCGGAGCCAACUUACUAG